AUGGCGCCUCACCCGCCGCGAACCUUUGAGGAGCUGUGUAAGUUUGCAGAAACUUAUCCGGCACCGACACAGCGCAGUAAAGCCGAUGAAACCAUUGAGCGUCUUCACAACAAGGCCAUUAGUUGUGGCAAGCAGCAGCUGGAAACGGCUUUUACGUCUCUCUGGCGCGCAGCCCACCUAGCUUCAGCUGCACAGCGACUGCCUGUCAAGGAUGCUGCUCAAGCCAAGCGCGCCGCGCUCGUCAUUGAGAAGGUCUUUGCCCUCUUGGACACCAUCACACCCGCUGUGAAGAAGCGUUGUGCGGCAGCAGCGACAGCAGCUACGACGGUGGCUGCUGGUAGCUCAACUCCCCAUGAGCACGGAAAUCCAAAACACUCGCAGAGUCACUCAGACGACCCUUUUGAUCUACCCAGCGUUCCCUGCGAGGACUUUCAAAAGUAUUAUCAAGCGCAACCUCGACGCUCCGAGUCAGAACUGCAAGAGGACGUCGCCAAACUGCGCGAUGGCGAGAGAGAGAGAGAGAGAGAGAGAGAGAGAGAGAGAGAGAGAGAGAGAGAGAGAGAGAGAGAGAGAGAGAGAGAGAGAGAGAGAGAGAGAGAGAGAGAGAGAGAGAGAGAGAGAGAGAGAGAGAAAGAAAAAACCGUGCAAAAAGUGGCUCGCUCUGGGGCUGCCGAAUUUGCUUGGCGCCAUGAGGCUGAAUUCGUCAUUCUAGUGACGUCCGACGGCACUUUGCCUCCUGCUGCCACGCAUCUUUUGGAUGCGCUGAUGAAAUUCCACGGAGGCAAGGCGCUGCAAUGUCCUAUCAAACUACUCAAGGGUGGUUUUGAGGAGUUUCACAGCCUGUACGAGGCCUUUUGUACGGGCCCACCCUCCAAGCGCAAAGCAGACGUCGAGACCGUCGAUCCCUUUGUCAAUGGUGAUGUUCCCACUAUUGCAAGUAUUGAGGCUGAGCGCGCCCAGCUUGAGCGUCAACGUCGCGCAGCUGCCGAGCAGAUUGAGCGCGAGCGUCAGGCUCGCGAGGCUGCUCUGGCCAGGGAACGCCAGCGUAAACUUGAGGAAGAGAUGCAUCGUGUGUAUGUGUAUGUGUAUGUGUGUGUGUGUGUGUGUGUGUUUCAACUACCCCUUUCCCACCUCAAUCUUGUCUGCCGUGAGCGUGAGGCUGAGGCAAAAGAGCGCGCCAAGGAGGAAGAAGCACGACGGCAAGCAGAAGUUGAGGCCCAACGACGCCAAGAGGCUGAGGAUUUGGCCCGGCGUAAAGCCGUUGCCGAGGCCGAAGCUGCCUUGUUGGCCAAGCGUCAAGAAGUUGAGGAGGCCCGUGCGCGACGGGCUGAAGCCGUCCAGCAGCAACGGCAACGGGAGCUUGAAGAGCUCGAGCGACGUAAACGUGAAGAAUUGGAAGCCGACUUGCAUGCGGCACGUCAACGCGAAGCCGAGCAAGCUGCAGCUCGAGCACGUGAGCAACAGGCCCUUCAGCUCGAGCGCCAACGCCGAGCCAAGAUUGAAGCUGAUUUUCAAGCAGCCGCGUCCUCUAUUCAGCGUCUUGAGCAAGAGUUGGCUCGCUCUGAUCAAGACGCCCAAGUCAAAUUGUCGGCCCUGGAGCGGCAGCAUCAUGACAAAAUUGGGCAACUACAAAGGGCCCAAAAGCUCGCUGCCGAGGCACGGCGUGCUCCAAAGCCGGGUGCAUCGACGUCUCCAGCUCGGCCGCCCAGUCAAGGCAGGGCCGACUUGAGCGCCGCAUCGCCAUCGCCUUUAUCGGCAGCGCCAUCAAGUGCCGUGCCACCAUCGCGCCCAGCCCCCAAACCCCAGGCACCCACCAACGCAGCCAUGUCCAUGCCAGCGCGCCCGGCGCCUCAACCCAGCGCGCGCGCAGCUCCUGCGGCUGCGCGCCCACUCAUUGAUCGCAGUACCAAGCCCGAUGGGGCCUUGUCGGGCCGGUCACACCCAGCCUUUCGCAAAGCACGCAUGGACAGUAUGCAAGUUGUCCACGCUGUGGGCACGUCAUUGCCUG